AAAUUAGGUUGAGCUAAACACCUGUUGGAUUUACAUCACUCUAAACAAUAUUAUUUUAUUGUUUAUAAAUUGAUAUUAAUUAUUAAAAUUAAAAAAAAAUAAACAUAAUAAUUGAAUAGUUAUGGAUUCAGUUAAAGGAUUGAUAAAUAGUACAUUUAAAGAAAAAGAGCCAUGGCAAAUAGUAACAAUAACAACUGGCUCAGUACUUGGUGCAGUAUGGGCCUGGAAUUUUGCAUUUAAUCAAGAUGAAACACUUAUUGAACGUGGAAAAAAACAAGUAUUUAAAAUAGUUAAAUGUAUACCAUCUGUACGUGAAAAAAUUGAAAAACAAAUGACAGAUUUAAAUGUGAGUUUUGAAAAAGAUGCUGCUGAAAGAUUAAAAGAUGUUAAAUUUUUUGUUAAAUUACCAUCUGAAGGAUUGACACAUGAUCAAGUUAUUGAAAAAGUCAAAGAAAAUGUUUACCUAGGUAAAUAUGAUUGGCAAAAUGGUAAAGUAUCAGGUACAGUUUACAAAAAUGAUCCUGAUUUAAUAAAAUUAAUGACUGAAGUUUAUGGUAUUGCAUCAUACACAAAUCCACUACAUUCAGAUAUAUUUCCUGGUGUAUGUAAAAUGGAAGCUGAAAUUAUUAGAAUAGCAUGUCGUUUAUUUAAUGGUGAUGAAUCAUCAUGUGGUUCUAUGACAACAGGUGGUACAGAAUCAAUAUUGAUGGCAUGUAAAGCAUAUCGUGAUUAUGCAAGAGAAAUAAAUGGAAUUAAAUAUCCUGAAAUGGUUGUACCAGUAACAGCACAUGCUGCAUUUGAUAAAGCAGCAAAAUAUCUUAAAAUUAAAAUACGUACAAUUCCAGUUAAUCAAAAUACUUUUACUGUUAGUAUUGAUGCUAUGAAAGCUGCUAUUAAUGGAAAUACAAUAAUGCUUGUUGGAUCAGCUCCAAAUUUUCCAUAUGGAACAAUGGAUAACAUUGAGGCUAUUGCAAAACUUGGAGAUAAAUAUAAUGUACCAGUUCAUGUUGAUGCAUGUCUUGGUGGUUUUUUGAUAUGUUUUAUGCCUGAUGCUGGCUAUCAAGUUGCACCAUUUGAUUUUAGAUUAAAAGGUGUAACAAGUAUUUCGGCUGAUACACACAAGUAUGGAUAUGCACCAAAAGGUUCAUCAUUAAUAUUGUAUAAAAAUAAAACAUUCCGUCAUCAUCAAUAUACAAUAUCAACUGAUUGGCCUGGUGGUGUUUAUGGAUCACCUUCAGUUAAUGGAUCACGAGCUGGUGGUAUUAUUGCAGCAUGUUGGGCAGCAAUGAUGCAUUUUGGAUAUGAUGGAUAUGUUUCAACAACUAAAAAAAUCAUUGACACAACUAGAUACAUUGAAGCAGAAUUGAGAAAAAUGGAUGGUAUUUUUAUACUUGGAACACCAGCAACAUCAGUCAUUGCAAUUGGAUCAAAUCAUUUUCAUAUAUAUCGUUUGUCUGAGGCAUUAUCAACACGUGGAUGGAAUUUAAAUGCACUACAAUUUCCAAAUGCAAUACAUUUUUGUGUCACACAUGUUCAUACACAAUCAGAUUUUGCUGAUCAAUUUUUAAAUGAUGUUAGAAGUAUAUUAGUUGAUUUGAAUAAGACACCAGAUGAAGAAGUUUCUGGAAAGCUAGCAGUUUAUGGAAUGAGCCAGAGUGUUCCUGAUCGUGCAAUUGUCGGUGAUAUUAUUAAAUAUUUUAUUGACGCUAUGUAUUUUACUCCAAAAAGUAUUGAAAAUUAAUUGCUCAAAAGAUUUUUCUUUUUUUUUUUUUUUAAUUUAUCUAACAUGGUAUUUAUAAAAAAUGUGGUUGGGAUUAAUUUUUGUUUUGAUACUCUUACACUUACCUUUUCUUGUGCCUUGAAAUUUUUAUUCGUUAAUAAUUUUAAUGCAUAAAAUUUAAAUGUUUUUUUUAUAGCUUAUAAAAUAAAUUUAAAAAUUAAAUUAACGUGUGGA